UGUUUGUAUUUCGGUUAGACUCGCCGCCUGUUGUGACGGAAGAACUGCUUGAAGUUGGUCCUGUGAUGGAUAAUCUGGAGGAGGAUCUGACGUGUUCAGUUUGCUACGCUCUCUUCACGGACCCACGAGUGUUGCCCUGCUCGCACACCUUCUGCAAGAGCUGUCUGGAAAGCGUGCUGCAGGUCUCGGUUAAUUUCUCAAUCUGGCGCCCCCUCCGGCUGCCCCUCAAAUGCCCGAACUGCCGCAGCGUAGUAGAGCUGCCCACAAAUGGCCUGGACGCGCUUCCGGUUAACGUGUGUCUGCGUGCAAUCGUAGAAAAAUACCAACGUGAGAGUCGUCCCCGAUCUCCAUCCUGCCCCGAGCAUCCUGGCCAGCCUCUCAAUGUGUACUGCGUGCAGGACCGCAAGCUGAUCUGCGGCUUCUGUCUGACCAUCGGGCAGCACCAGGGACACACAAUCGACGAUCUGCAGACGGCGUAUGUAAAGGAGCGCACCGACCAACCCGCCCUCAUCCAGAGUUUAAGAGGCGAGCACUUGGACGAGAUGAACCGUCUGGCCGAACGCAUUCAGAUGGAGAAAACCCGCAGUGAAGCGCUGGUGCAGAAAGAUCGAGAGGUGGCAUCGGUUUUCUUCCAGGGGCUCGAGCUCACCUUGGCCCAGAAGAAGGAGCAGUUCAUGCAGGCGCUGGAGCGGGCGAGUGUGCUCCUGAAUCAAGCCUACGAGCCGCUGGUGGAGCAGCUGAAAGGCCUGCAGGAGGAGCACAGAGAGCUGCAGAUCCUGAUCUCCAGCAUGGAGGAGGACCAGGAGAGUCCGCUGGAGUACCUGGAGAAGGUGCAUCAGCUGAGGGAGCGGAUAAACACUCUGAACCGCACGCCGAUGCCUACAGUGCCCAGCCUUCAGAUGAGCCCACGAGCAGAGCGAUUCAUUGAGAAACACUGGACCGAUGUGACCCUCAGAGAUCUGAGAGACGGACCACUGCCAGAGAUCUCCUGGCACUCAGAGAGCUGCUCAACCAGCAGAGCGCAGGUCUCAGAUCAGACUCGCUGCUGGAGGAUCUGUGUGUGUUUAUCUGUGAUCGCGCUGCUACUGACGGUCACUCUCUGUGGAGGAACACACUGGGUUUCUGCUCUCCGUCAGGCCGGAGAAAACGCUUCGAGUGAACUGAGCCAGCCGCUGCGUGAUCUAGCCACACUCUUCUGUUGUGUGCUGCAGGACACUGGUGGUAAAUUACACGCCUUUAUCUCUACUGUAGGAGAACACACACAUCAGUGGCUGCUCCGCUUUUUAAAAGCAUUACGCUGGUGUUAAAGGCACCAUGACCUCAUCUGAAAUCACUAUGUAGUAUGGUAAAAUCAGUACGUAGUACAGAGUUCACAGUAUUGGUAAAACCGUAUGUGAGAGAAGUACCUGGAUGACCCACAACGACUACUGGUGAGAUUCUGAUGGACGCUACGCUAUCCCAUGAUGCAACAUGAAAGAUUCAUGAAUGUGAGUGAAGCGACGCAACUGAUAGCGUAUAUAGCAUAGUACAUAUCCCAAUUCCAUACUACUACUACUCACAAUCAUACUGUAUACAACACACUCUUUUCUGAAGGUUGUGUAGUAAAUUCUAAUUCAAAUGUAGUGCAUACUAGAGUAGUAGGCGAUUUUUGUACGCAGCCCAUGAAACGGAAGUCGAUCUCGAUCGCAAUGUACAUCCACUGGAAGUGAUCCUUAAAUGGGAACAAAGAUGUAGGGCGGUGCAUGAGUUUGUCCUUUGGAAAUCGACUGGAUUGUUGGAAGACAGGUGUUGCUGACAAAAUGGAGGAAGAUUGACAAAUGGAAAAAGCAGGACAGAAACAAGACACGCCCUAAAGGACUGAUAGCCCCGCCCUAAAUGGGAAAAAGUUGGACUACACUCUGCAGGACACCGGCCCUCCAGUAUUGAGUUUGGGCACCUGUGUGUUACAUGAUGAUGCAAAUGUGGCCAUCGUGACCACAAGCUCUAACCGGUUUGUUUGUUUUUUUCUCUCCAACCAUUUACUUGUUAAGUUGAUUGUAUGAACAAAUCCAGGACUAAUAAUGUAGAACUAUUUAGAGCGGUGGAGAAAAUUUAUUUGAGAAAUUUAUUCCGAGAUCUUUAGAGUGCAAAUGUUAUUCUCUCUUGAAUCAAUUCUGAACUUAGUUUUAGGCGACAGACGGCGCUUUAGGCUAGUGUUUGACAGCAGACGGCACUUUAGGCUAGUGUUUGACAGCAGACGGCGCUUUAGGCUAGUGUUUGACAGCAGACGGCGCUUUAGGCUAGUGUUUGACAGCAGACGGAGCUUUAGGCUAGUGUUUGACAGCAGACGGCGCUUUAGGCUAGUGUUUGACAGCAGACGGCGCUUUAGGCUAGUGUUUGACAGCAGACGGCGCUUUAGGCUAGUGUUUGACAGCAGACGGCGCUUUAGGCUAGUGUUUGACAGCAGACGGCGCUUUAGGCUAGUGUUUGACAUCAGACGGCGCUUUAGGCUAGUGUUUGACAGCUGACGGCGCUUUAGGCUAGUGUUUGACAGCAGACGGCGCUUUAGGCUAGUGUUUGACAGCUGACGGCGCUUUAGGCUAGUGUUUGACAUCAGACGGCGCUUUAGGCUAGUGUUUGACAGCAGACGGCGCUUUAGGCUAGUGUUUGACAUCAG